GGCAGCUCAUGGCUUGUUUGCUGCUCCGGGGUUUGUGAAAACACGGAGUGCCUCCACACCAUCCGCUCACCGCAGUAACGACCACACUCUGAAGUGAAGUAAACUCUGGAGACUCUUCUGCUUCCUAUUGCAAACCUUUGUGGACCCCACAGGACAUUUGGAAGAACUGAAACAGUAUCAUCAUCCUCAAAUUGUGUUUAGGAGCAACACCACAUCUCAUAGUAUCUGAAUUCAAGUGUGUCUACCAUGGCUUCGAAACCUCACCCUCCUCUGAUGAAGAAGCAUAGUCAGACAGACUUAAUAAGCCGCCUGAAGAGCCGGAAGAUCCUUGGAGUCGGUGGGGAGGAUGAUGAUGGCGAAGUACACCGCUCAAAGAUCAGUCAGAUGCUUGGAAAUGAGAUAAAGUUCACAGUGCGAGAGCCUAUCGGGCUUAGGGUGUGGAUACUCACUUCAGCUGUUGGUUUCACAGUUAUGGCCCUGAUGGCCCUGAUGUUUCCCAACCAACUAUAUGAGGUUAUUUUUGAGGAGGAGCUCUCCACAACUAGUAUCUCCAUUCGCCUUUAUGGAGGAGCACUACUAAGCCUGGCCCUCAUCAUGUGGAAUGGUCUCUACACAGCAGAAAAGAUUGUCAUCCAGUGGACCCUGCUCAGUGAAGCGUGCUACUUUGCCGUCCAGUUUCUAGUGACAUCCGUCACCUUAAUGGAGAUCGGUAUCCUGCCUAAUGCUGCCAUACUCCUGCUGCUCAGUCGAGUGCUCUUCCUGGCAGUCACCAUGACUUACUACUAUCACCUGGGCCGCAAGGCAAAGAAGAUCUGAGCUGACUUCGCGAUACAUCCAGGGACGGGACAGUUGAGCACAGAUCACAAACGUGGGGUCAAAAAGUUUGGAUUAUUAUUUGAUUGGGGCUUGGAGCAUUUCUUUGCCAGUGGAUGCCCCCUGCCCCUUCCAUGGGACCUAGUCUAUUGUAACCCCCAGUAUUCAUCAGAUGAGCACAGUCUCACAUUCCAGACUCAACAACAAGAACUAGAAACCUCACAAUGAAAAUGAAUUACUCCUUCACCGGGCAGUGAGGUCCUCCUUUUGCGCAAUUCAGAGUGCUGUUAUUAUACAGAGGGAGCUAGUUAGUGCAUUACAUCCUUGUGCCACCUGGUUUUAUGGUUUGAUGUGUACAGUAUAGAAUAAUUUCACACAUGUUGUUCAUGUGCACUUACAUGAUUUCAAGAUUCAGAAAUUAGUGUUACCUAUUUCAUAAGAAAGAUCUUGAGACUGCUUCUUAAUCACACUUAAGGACCAAGAGUUUGUGCUAAAAUGUGUUUCCUGUUUGAUGCUUUUGAUGUCAAUUCAUACUGUAUGUAUGCUAAAUUGAAGCCUGAAUAUCUGUGCUUUUGCAUGCUUCUGUGACAGCUCCUCCAGUGAACACACCAAAUGGAAAAAGCAUCAACUGAGCUGAGUGCAAAAUUCAAGUGCAGUCAGAUAAGGUGGAUGAAUGCUGGAUGAGUGACAAUUAAUCUUUUCUUAUACAGUGUGGUAAGCACACAGAGGAAAUUCAAUAAGGUCAGUUUUUACUUUCAAUCAUGCCCAUCAAUCAUAUUCAGAUUCAGACAACCCAAGAAGAAAUGCUGUAUCUACAAAAAAUGUCAGGGACAAAGUGGGUUUUAUAUUCCUUUAAGUAUAUCAGUCAGUUCUACCAAAGUGAAUAGGAAGUGUUUUGUACAGAAUAUUUACUCUACUGAGAUGAAUACAUGUUAUGCUGAUAAAUGCACAUGUGCACGAGAGGCAGUGUAAUUGUCUCCAUGUACGAAGCUGUGUGUAUACUGUUUGCCCUGAGUCAUCUUACACAAAGUCUUAAAUAUUCUAUCCGUUACUGUAAAGAUAAUGUCACAAGCUGAGCAGAGCAUGUCACGCAUGUGUUGGGUAAACAAACCUGAGCUGGUUCGUCAUUAGUGACGUAGCAGUUUAUUUUUUUUACAUAAACCAUAUCCUCAGUCUUGCCUUAAAACUACUUUAAAAGAACAGUCACAAACACUGCAUCCUACUUUUUGUAUAUAUGUAAAUAAAAGUAUUUACCAUCACGUGGUGUUUUUGUGAACCAAACAGGGAACUUGUUCAGUAUUAGUUAAAUGAUUUUCAAAGAUUGAUCUUUCUCUUGGUGUGUCUAAUUUUGUACCUAAUUAAGUGAUAUUUGUGUUUUGACAUCAUGCAUGCAAUAUAAUCCACCAAAAGUAAUAGCUCAAAUUGUGUAGCAAGUUUCCAGCUGGAUGCAAAGCAGAUAAACAAAGGUUAAUGACAGUGAAUGGAUGUGUUAACCAAAAAUUGCAAAAACCCUUAAAAGGAGAAGUUAAUUUGUGUGCUAGAAAGUUAAACUGUAUGUGCUUUAUUACAGACAAAACCCAACACUUGACAGUUUCAAUCCACUCAAUAUGUUCAGGACAUUUUCUACCUCCCUUGGCAGGCUAUUAAAUAUACAACAUCUCUGCUCAAUGAUUUUUAGAGCUGGGGCAGCAAUGAUAAUUUGUCCAAUCUGAGGCCAGUCAAAAACGCACUAUAAAGAUUGACAUUGACAUUUUGUGUCUAACUUGAAUCUUCAUUUUGAGUUGAACAGGGUGCAUCAGUAAGUCCCCUCCAAAGGUGGUCCAUAUUGUUGCAAAUGACCACGUUCAGUCCUACCCCAGAAGGGAGUAGUCCUGAGGUCAGAGUGAUUGUGGGUUUGCAAUUGUGAGUCCAGCGCUCAAGGCAGAUGUGCUUGUUGCUUGGGUGAGCUUUCAGUUCAGAUAGGGAACGUGAAACAUGGGUGAGGUCUCUCAUACUCCUGAAAAGUAGUAAUUACCCCUUUUCCAGUGUUUAAUUAGAUGUAGCUCUCCCGAGUGACACUGUGUGCCCCAACUUACUGAUUCAUCCUGACUAGCAUGGUAAUUAUGGAGUUAAAGAAAAUGUCAUUCCAUUUCUGUCGAUACUAGAGGCCUCAAAUCAUCAGCCUUGUGAAAUGUUCAAAGGUCUGUAAAGCAGUUUAUUUUAGGAGAGAUGGGUGAUUUUGGGGGAUGGGCAGAUGAAGGGAGGUAAAGAAAUGUCUCUUUCAUCCUCCUGGUUCUCUGACGUAAAGCAGUAAAAUAUUACAUUGGUAAAUUGAGAUUUUAGAUGAAUGGUAAGUAAGCUAUUCAUUCUGUCUGAUGUAGAUAAAACCUAUAUUGUACUGUUGUGAAUAGCAUACCAGGUUAAACUGUUUAAAGUUGUAGCAUUGUGUUUUUAUGUAUAUAUGUGCUAUAUUGUACCUCAAAAAUGAAUUGUCAUGAAUUUCCAUUUAGUUUGAAAUAAAAACUGCUGUUUAUUUUGAAGACU